AUGUCGUUCCUCAAGGAAAAAAAUCGCAAGGAAUCAAAGGAGAAAUUCUGGCUCUACGCCUUUCGCGACCACCUGGCAAACCUGCGUGCCUUUUCGAGCUGCGUCGAAACCGCCGAUGUGAACGGGGUUGGGGACUAUCAGCUUCUCGUGGCAGAUGGCAGCAAGCGCAUCAAGGUGUACGCGGGCACCUCACUUGAGCGUGAGCUGCCGCUCUUUGGGGUGCCGUCCGCGAUUACCUCUUUUUUCAUGGACAACGGCGACGCUAUCAGCAAGCCUAUCAUCGCGGUCGCCACGGGGCCGUACAUCUUCAUGUACCGCGGCAACAAGCCGCUCUAUCGCUUCAUGGUGCCGCCGGUAAUUCUCGAUCCGCAGGAGUUGGCUAUCUGGCAGGAUCUCGCCACGGAAGCGCUCCCCAUUGAGAGGGCGGUGGAGAGACUGGAGAGUCUUCUGGACUCCGGCCUGCAAACCUCCUCGCGCACGCUGCAGCUGCUGCUCAUGGAGACGCCGGGGGAGCGCAGCGAGUUUGUCGCCCGCCUACGCGCUGUUCCGCUCAUUCAAAUGGACGUCGUCUGCUGUCUGGGGUCCAUCCCGCUCACAUCUCUGGAGGAGGGAGGGAAGAGCGUACUAGUGAUUGGCACCGAGGCUCAUUUGCUCUACGUCCUUAAAAAAAACGCGGCGGAUGUGGCGCUGAAGGUGGUGCUGCCGAGCACACCUGUGUUCCUCAUUACGGCCGGCUGCUACGAGGUAGACUAUCGUAUCGUCGUUUCGUGCCGCGACGGUCGGGUGUACUCGAUCAAGCAUGGUCACUUGCAUAGGGCCGUGAUUCAGCCGGAUGCGCAACCGUGUGCCAUUGCCCGGUGCGACAACCUCGUUGCUGUGGCCACAACGGCAAACACGCUCUCCUACUACUCUCUCAAGGGAAAAAAGCAGCAGAGCGUCUACUUGCCGUGCUCCAUCAAUGGUCUGUCUACCAUCACCGACCCCGUUACUGGCGAGGCACGCGGGUUGGUGGUGGCGCUCAGCAACGGCGAAAUUCGCGUUUAUGUUGGAACCCAGCUUCAUCACGUCAGCCUAGCCUACGGCACUGUGACAGCGAUGAAGUUUUGUCGCUACGGUCGUGCAGAUGGCGCGCUUGUGCUCGUGCUGCAGAACGGCUCCCUCGUAGUCGAGCUGCUGCACCGCGGCGUGAACUUGUCCUCGAGCAAAAAGGUGGAAACCGGCCCACCACCGCAGCAGGACGUCCCCAUCCCCAUCCCGCACCUCAGCUCUGUCUUCGCGACGCAGUCAGCGCGCGAGCGCAAGUACGGGGCGGAGAUAUACCAACUCUUCCAGUACGACCUGUCGCAGCUGCGGCUCACGACGGCGAAGGCGUAUGUGGAGAUGAUUGCCAACGGCGCUGUUCCCUCCGAGUUAGGCAGCGUUAUGCAAGAGAGUAAAGGGGUGGGGGAGUCGUCACUGCGACUGAGCGCCGUUGUGCAGGGGCUUGGGCCGGUGUUCAAAGUGAAGGUGCAACUGCAAAACGUCGGCGAGGCGCCACUUCACGGCGUGCGCGUCGUCUUCUACCUUUCUGAAGACGGCGUCUAUCGCAUGCCGCAGCAGAUCUUCUCGAUUCCCCCGUUGGUGCCUUCUGUGCCGCUCUCCUGCUGCGCCGCAUUUGUGACAGUGACAGAGGGUGAGGGUGAGGCCCGGGGCAGCGCCAUCCUGGUCGUUGCGACCGGUCCAGAGAGCCGCACACCAUUGGCAAGCACCCUCGUCGAUCUACCAGAGGUGGAGCUGAUUGAUGAGGUGUAA